AUGGCGGUGGUGGCAAUAGUGGAAGGCGGCAGUGGUGUUGGUGGAAGGCGGCAUGGGAAGAGGCCCCUUUCAUCCGAUGAUUCAUCGGAGAAAAAAGAAGAGGAAGAAGAACUCAAUAAUAUCUUUCCUGUCUACUCAGCUAGAUCUCAACAAGACAUGUCGGCCAUGGUUUCAGCUCUCACUCAAGUUAUUAGAAACACUGAUGCGCCUGCACCAGGAAGCUCACUAGCAAUAUCCAUGCCCCAGCCCGGUGCAACUGUGCCUCCUCAUCAGUCUCAACCCAAUAUUCACGAUCAAGGGAUCCAAAGGGGAAGACACUAUAGAGGUGUGAGGCAAAGGCCAUGGGGCAAGUGGGCAGCCGAAAUACGAGACCCUAAAAAAGCAGCAAGAGUUUGGCUAGGCACUUUCCAAACAGCUGAGGCUGCAGCACUUGCAUAUGAUGAAGCAGCUCUUAGAUUCAAAGGAAACAAAGCUAAGCUCAACUUCCCUGAAAGAGUUCAAGGGAGAACCGAGUUGGGUUACCUAACAACUCGUCAAGACUCGCGUGUCAUGGCUCAGCGAGUACUGUCUGCUGACUCGGUUGCUCCUCCUCCUCCUCCUCCAGUCCUUCUGCAUCAAAAUAUAUAUCCUAAUUUUGCUCAUUAUGCACAAGUUCUUGGUAGUGGGGAUCGUAAUUUGAACCACGCCAGAUCAUCCGGUAUCUACCAUAGUGGAACAUAUCUUUCGCAGUCUCUGUCUUCGCCUUCAACAUCUUCAUCUGCAUCAACAUAUAAUUGGCAACAACAAGGAGGAGAGGUUAGAAGACUUCUAUCACAGUCCAGAAGUUCUUCUUCAAGUUGUGAUCCUCCAAAGAAUUGGGAAGAUUUUGUUCCCAAAUUGGAUCACUCAAAAGGGUAGUUGAUCCAAGUUCACUUGAGCUAGACAGAAGAAGUACUAGUAGCCAUGAAAACUUGGGGGGUACAUCAACUUAUAUCUAUUGUGAUUUUGUUUUCUUUAAGCUAAAAAACAUAUGUUGGUUUGAUAAUUUUUGUGUUGUAUCGCGCAGGAAAUUUUUAACAAUCAAAAGAAGA